UACACUGUGUCAAACAGACUUACCUUAUAUGCUUACUUCAGUAAUACACCGUGUCAAACAAACCUACCUUAUAUGCUUACUUCAGUAAUACAUCGUGUCAAACAAACCUACCUUAUAUUUUUACUUCAGAAUUAUACCGUGUCAAACAGGCUUACCUUAUAUGUUUACUUCAGUAAUACACCGUGUCAAACA